AUGUCCUCCCCACCACCUUGCCGUCAGCGCCGGCGUCUAGUAGGCGUCUCAACAAAAAUGUACUUCUCCCACGCCCGCACCACCAAAUUCAUCACCUCCUUCCUCGACCUCAUGCAGCACCACACCUCCUCCACAACAACCGAGCAGUCCAACAGCAACCUGGCUGCUGCCGCCCUCGCCUCCAAAAUCGACAUCUUUAUAAUCCCCGACCACCUCUCUUUGCAGUCUGCCAUCAACUGCACCGCCAACCACCCACCGACUGAUGGUCCAAAAAUCCUAUUCGGCGCGCAAAACUGUCACUGGGAGGAUCAUGGGGAGGUAUCCCCCGCUGUUCUGGCAGAGAUCGGGUGUAGCGUCGUCGAACUCAACCACGCCGAACGGCGCCGCUACUUUGGCGAAACCGAUGCCACCACGGCAAAAAAAGCUCAAGCGGUCAUAAGAAACGGGAUGAUCCCCAUCCUCUGCGUCGGCGAGGGUUCUCCUGGUGAGGUACCGACACCUGGCAAAACAAGUCGAGAGGCGGCGGAGAAGGAGGUGGUCGGCCAGGUGGAGAGGUGUCUAGAGGGUGUUGACCCAACCAAAGAAGUUUGGUUAGCAUAUGAACCCGUUUGGGCUAUUGGUGCGAAGGAACCGGCGGGAGUGGAACAUGUGAGCGGGGUGGUGAGGGCUAUACGAAGAAGUGCAGUGGUGAAUGGGAGGGAGGAAAGGGGCGGGAUGACGAGGAUUUUGUAUGGAGGGAGUGCGGGGCCGGGGUUGUUUGGACGACUGAAAGAGGAAGAUGGAGUGGAUGGGUUGUUUUUGGGGAGGUUUGGGCAUGAGGAGGGACAAUUUUGGAAGACGGUUCGUGAGGUUGCUGAGGUUGAGUGGGAGGGGGAGGUGAGAUUGGGUGGGUGUCAGUCAGCGGGCCGCUCUUGCAGGUCUCCCGUCUACAAUUGA